AGAAUGUUUCGCACUAAAUAAAAAAUAAAUAGAAUAACUAUAAAAAAAUAUAACUGCCAUUGGCUGCAAAUGGCCCCCUGGCCACACUUUGGACACCCCUGUUGUGGAAUUUGAAGGCUGCUUUUUUCCUCAUAAAUGUUUCCACAGCAGGUCUAAGUGGAAUUACUGCAAAGUUGGUCAUGUUUUGCAUGUAAGCCGCCCCCCAGGAUUUCUGGCAGCCAGGAAUUUUGGGCCUCAUAAAAAGAAAAAUCAGAUUGAGCGUCCACGGGCAGCUUUUGUCACCACAUCACUAUUUUUUGGAAUUGUCCUAACUUUCCCCCCUAUAUGGCGCCCCUGAAGUGCCCGCUACUGGACUGACCACAAUGUAGACCUCAGUUGGUCGGUCUGGAUUUGGAACAUUCCAGGAGAACUUUAUCUGCCUGAUUGCAUUUGAACAACUGUUCCGUGUGUGGUCGAGGAGGAUUAUGGACUUGGACUGGAGUCCUGAGUUAGCACUCUUCAACUUAGCAAACAUUUUGGAUGCCUUUUUCAGGUCCAACAUGCAGUAUGUGAGCUCAGAAAUGGACAAAGAUUCCACAAGUCUUCCCAGACGAGUGGUUGUCCUGUGGAAGCUCUUGGGCGCUACUUUGAUGCGCCUACUGGAGAAUAACAGAUGUGCUGUGUGUUUUCAUGGGAAGCAAAGAAGACAAGAAAGAAAGGAGUGAGAAAAGGAUAUGUUUUUGCGUGAGCUGCUCCAGGCUGCUCAUGGUGGCCUGCUGAAACUCCACCAGACUCUCGCAGGCACACGGGUCCUUCACCUCAAUCUCGCCCUGACUCUCCUCUGCAGGACAAGGAGGACACGAGUGAGGUCUGUUCUUGUAGCGUCUGCGUCAACACAACGUCCUACCUGGACACACGUUGAGUUUGAGGUUCUCUGCGAUGGUGCUGAUGGCGCUGAAGUCGGUGGUGUAGUAGAAAUGUUUCUCCACGGGUUCUGAGGCGAUUUCCCGAAGCUCGUCCUCCACGGCUUUGCCCACGCCCACAGCAUACAUGGUGAUUCCUGCCAGGCAGCAUUGCACACACGUUUCAUACUGGAUUGAUAAUAUUUCAUAUUUGAAUGGCUCACCGGCUUCUUUGGCCUUCUUGGCGUAUUCUGUGAUGUCAUCCUGGGAGCGUCCAUCCGUGAAGACUAGUCCGAUUCGAGGAAUGUUGCGGGCAGAAGGACGAGCACCCUCCACCUCAGAGAAGCUGUUCUCCAGCAUGUGUUUCAGCGCCAGGCCCGUCAUGGUCCCUUUCUCCAUGUAUUCGAUCUGUUGGCGGGCAAGCAUUUCAAAAUAGAAGCCUUCAGGAUUCCUUGAGGAUUUCUCCAAAAUAAAAGCUGUGGCAUCAUUGUUACCUUCAUGACGGCAGCCUUGAUCUCAUCAGCUGUAUGGUACAUGUUGAGGGGGAACUCGGUCCUGACGCGACUGGAAUACUGGACCAAACCCACCCUGGUACCAUGAGCGGACACGUCCAGAGUGUCCACGACCUGGAGGACAGCAUCAGAUCUUCAAAAACUCCACCAAUCUCACAGUUGAAAUCCUUCAAGUUUGAAGUAAACUAUUAAGACCACAUGACCACAAGCUCACCUGGUUGACAAACUUCUUCACAAGCUCAAAGUUCUGAGGGCGAACACUCUUGGAUCCAUCGAUCAGAAGAACCAGGUCGAUGUUGGCUGUCUUACAGGCUGGAGGACACGACAAGAACAACAGACAAGUUCAUCUCCUGUUUUUUGUGAGACUGACAAGUCCAACUUACUGCCACAGCUCUUCCCGUCCUCCUGCAGAAGCUGACCCUCAGGACACAUGCAGUAGUACGACCCUGGAGUGCUGACACACCGGUGCUCGCAUCCGUGGUCCAGCGUGUUGCACAGGUCCAGGUCUGCGCACACACACACACACACACACACACACACACAUGAACAAAGAUUCAUAAGGAACAACUUUAAGCCCACACCAGGAGAUGCAGUCCAGUGAGGCAGUGUAAUUUCGGGUGUGUGUUGUGUGUAGGUGGGUCCUGCUCCGUAAAUUGCACGGUGACAUCGUCACAUGGUGACACAGGGCCAGGUGCCCAUCAGUCAUCUUUCUACUUGGUUUUUGUCUUCCUCCCAUUCAGGAAGUUAGCAUUCUCUGUCCACCAGUUAACACACUGCAGUGUGUCUAGCUCCGCCCCUUCAGUCACCCGCCUGCUGUGCUUAGUGCCCAGAACAGAAGUGUGCCAAAAAGUGCCAGUUACUCACAGCUUUUGAUAAUGAUCAUGUUAAAAACUGUUUAUCUUGGUGGACAAAAUAUUUUCGCUAAAAAUGAGCAGAAAAAAGGACUAAAUAAUUUCAAUUGACUGACGUGUGCAUGUCUUCUUGUCCUUGUUGAGCGUGAAGCCUUUGUUACAGUCACACGUGAAGACACCGGGCGCGCUCACGCAGAUCUGCUCACAGUCGUGUUUGCCCUCAACGCACAGGUCAAUGGCUGCAAAACACACACACAAACACGCACGUAUCAUUAAAACUGCGUGUGAGGGCACGUGCAUUACAAUAAUGGGCAUUACUGCCACCUACAGGACUGGAUUUUUAGGGUGAGAGGUGGGCUACAACCUGGACUGAUCACCUGUCAAUCAGUGCAGACACAACCAGUGACACACUUAUGGACCAUUUAGAGCAAGGAUCACUAAGUGACGGGCCGCGGUCCAAGUCCGGACCCAGACACCAUCCUAUACGGAUGUGGACAUAUGGUCAAAAGAUUGCUUAAGUAUUUUAAGGUUUGAUGGUCCUAUGGUCAUGAACUUGGGCUCGUGACCAAAAGGACAAGAUCGCGGGUACAAGCGUCUGAAAUGAGUUUUCUCCGUAUGGUGGCUGGGAGAUAACGUGACAAGCACUGAGAAACUCGGAGUAGAACCGCUGCUUCUCCACACACUGAGAGGAGCCAGAUGAGGUGGUCAGGAUGCCUCCCGAACACCUCCCUGGAGAGGUUUUCCGGGCACAUCCGACCAGGAGUAAUCCUCGGGGAAGACCCAGGACACUGGACUGGGAAUGCCUCAGGAUCCCCGGGCGGAGCCGGACGAAGCAGCCGGAUAGAGGGAAGUGUGGGCCUCUCGUCUUAGGCUCCUGCCCACCACGACCCGACCUUGAAUAAGCAGAAGAAGAUAGCUGGAUGGAUGGCAUCUUUUUUUGACCUUACGGUACUUACAGUGUAGUGUCUCCAAUCCAAUGAAGCUAUCAUGCAUGUUUUUGAAUUGUGGGAGGAGAGAACCCACACAAGCACAGAGAGAACAUUUCAAGUCCAUUCAGAGAGGAUGAACCAGCAUUCAGUGCCAGAACCUUCUGACUGUCAGGCAGACGUGCUAAGCACCGUGACAAAUGUUUACGUGAGCGCUCGUUAGUUUCUUUCAAGGUCCUUUUUUAUUAGUGUCUAUUUGUGUGUGCCUGACUGACGCGUGCACGUCUUCUUGUCCUGGUUGAGCGUGAAGCCUUCGUUACAGUCGCACGUGAAGACGCCGGGCGAGCUGACGCAGAUCUGCUCACAGUCAUGUUUGCCCUCAGCGCACAGGUCCCUGCCUGCACAACACACACACACACACAUGGUCGAGAUGUGGGGGGUGGAAUGUGUGUGUACGUGUGUGUGUGUGUGUGUGUGUGUGUGUGUGUGUGUGUGUGUGUGUGUGUGUGCUCACCCCGGCAGCUCCUGCCGUCGUCCAGCAACUUGUAGCCAUCAUUGCAGCGACACUGGAAGCCUUUGAGCACACUCACACACUCGUGAUCACACGUGUGAUUCCCAAACGAGCAGUAGUUCAUCACUGUGGCCACCCAAGUGUUAACAAUAAACUCAUUGUGAAUGAUACAUACGCACUGACAAUAACAACACGAACUGACAAUACUUUGGUGAGAAGUGAAAGUGUGUGUGUGUGUGUGUGUGUGUGUGUUUGUGCACCAGUGAGACCUACUUGUGCACGUUUUCUUGUCGUCGUUGAGUGUAAAGCCUUCGUUACAGUCGCAUGUGAAGACGCCGGGUGAGCUGACGCAGAUCUGCUCACAGUUGUGUUUGCCCUCAGCACACAGGUCAAUAGCUGUGCAACACACACACACACACACACACACACACACACACCGGUCAUUAAACACUGUUGUAGCCUAAACAGCCUUCAUUUUUAGGAAACGAACUGAAGACAGUUCUCUUCUUGAGCAUCAACGUCCUCACCUGUGCACGUCUUUCCAUCAUGAUUGAGUGUGUGUCCAGGCAGGCAGAGGCAGUGAUAGGAACCAGGAGAGCUUUCACAGAUGUGCUCGCAGCCGUGUUCCGACUCCACGCAGAGAUCCAGACCUUCACCACGCAGCAAGGACAGCAAGCAUAACAUUUCAGCUGAAGACAUCUACUUCACAGUGCUGGCAAACAUUCAUUCAGCUUUGGAAAUUUGGAGCAAAGUGACGGGUCACAACUCUAGAACAUCUUUGUGGGUCUCACCACACAGUUUAUCCUGGAACUGGAGUCCAAACUGAUGGAUGAGGUCAAAGGACUCCACCAGGAAGACGUGGUCCUCGAAGGGCGGUGACGCCAUCGCCCGCAGAGAGGCCAUGUCGGCUCUGGCGACGCCCACAGCAUAGAUCUCGAUGCCUUUCUCUCUGGCCUCCGCCGCCACCUCGGCCACGCGGUCCUGGGGACGGCCAUCCGUCACAAUGACUGCCACGUUGGUGACCUGUAGAAGGAUGAGGGGGCUCUGUUUAGCCUCAGCCAAGAAGGACUUGUUCCCUACAGGAGGUAGUAGGGAGCACCACCGGGGCUCCCAUGGAACCUAAAUGUUUACUGUUCUACUUUCUAAUCGACCUAAUGAAAAGAGAAUGAGUUUGGUGAGCUACUCUUCAUGACACUACCUUCGGUCUGUCGCCCUCCUGCAUGCUGAAGGCGUGGUUCAUGACAUAACGGAUGGCGAGGCCUGUCAUGGUGCCCUGGGCGAGCGGGACGAUGCCAUUGAUGGCGUCCACCAUGUUGGCCAGCGUGCUGUGCGUGUUCAAGGAGAACUCACUGCGGACCUGAAAAGACAAACAAGUUCUUGUCUUGGUCUUCAAAAGUCCAAGCCCAACCUUGGAGGAAAUUGCAGUACCUGACUGGAGUACUGGACCACUCCCACUCUGGUGGCGUUUGGGCCGAUGUCCAGAGUGUCCAGGAUGUUAAUCAUAAACUUCCUCAUGGUCUCAAACUCAUGCGGGCGGACGCUGCGGGAACUGUCGAUGAGGAAGACCAGGUCCACCGGGCCGGACUUGCACUUCGGCUCCAGACCUGCCAGAAAAAAAUGUAUGUUUGAUUGCGGUCACAGCGCCCCCUAGUUAUUACACUGAGGUCCUCCAGGGAACUGUGUUAUGUAGCCAAGCAGAAGUAGCCUUUAGUCAGAAGUAAACUGGAUAGUCUUCACAGUGGAUUCUGGAACCUCGUUUGGACGUUUUUCCCAGCAAGGUUUCCCUUGCUGGGAAAACAUUCACAUUUUUCUCCUGGACUCCUACAAGGCACCUGCUUUUCUCGUCAGUCUUCCUGAGAACUCUCAUCAUUCCAGCCCGUUUAUGGCCUCUUCAGCUGGACCGAACCACCAGGAGUAUUUUCUCCACACACAGACUGACCUGCUUUGGGCCUGGCGAGAGCGAGGGUGGCCAUGUUGAGCAGCACGAAGGCGAGCGCUCCUCCCAGACGUGACAUCUUCAUCACUCGCACAACAACUGGAUCAGAAGACAAAUGAUGUUGAAAGACGCAACACAACAUUCAUAAUGUAGUAGUACCAGCACUGGUAUUAAUUACUAUGUAACGGUACUUUGAUAGGACACUUUGUACUCGCUGGUUGUCGUGUAAAUGUACUCUGAGUCUGGAUCAGAACCAAAGUGCUGUUAAAGGAGAGAUUAGAGGACGUGGGUGAAUUCCAGCGUGUUUGUCAGGUUAUAAUAACAGCGAUGGCGAAGCGUGUUCUAGAGGGGCAUUCCAGUCACACCCUCUAGUGAAAAAAAGAACCUCAAAACACCUGGAAGACGACACACGGUGGAUCCUGCUAAUGGGAGGUCUUCAUCUGCGUCUCGUCGGUUGGCUCUCGAGAGGACUGUUGGCUGUGAUGAUGAACGCGUCUCUGCCACUGACGUCACGAUCUGGUCUGACUGUCUCCCCUGGCCUUCCCUCCUACUUCCUGCCCACCCCCUCAGUCUGUCAAACUAAGUUCUGGCAAACAUUCGGAUCUGGUUCUGCUCAAUGCUGACGAACUGUGCAAAGCUGAGAGUCCUGACGGGCCAUUCAAGUCUUUAAGUUCCUAACAUCCUUUACUGGUCUUCGUCUGAAGAACAUCAUCAGAAAAAGAUCUUGAGGUCUGCACUAACUUAGAAAGUUCCUCCCUGCCUCUCACGCCCCCCUGACAGUUCACCGUGCGCCCCCCCUCCCAGGGGGCUUGCCCCACUAUUUGAGAAGCGCUGGUGUGGCGUAUGGUGUCCCCCUAGGUUUACAGCUUUGGGGUGGCGGGUGUGGAGCAUGGCUAACUAAUAUGGACACAAUCACGUGUAUACAUGGACAGCCUAGCCAACCGCCGACAGCAAGAGGGCCAUUUUAUUAUAUUUAUUUAUUAUUGUUCCUUUCAGAUGUACAGUAAAUGGACAAAAGUCUUGGGACAGCUACAGGAAGUGAAAAGUGAAGCGAAGCCUUUUCCACUUUUCCUGGUAGACUUUCUAGAAGAUGAUUGGAGGGUGCACCUUCCAGAUCAGACUUUUCAUGACAUUGGACACGUGUGUGAAGCACAAAGACGCCUUAGAACACCACCCUCCCCUCCUAAACACCCCUUUCCUGUGGUCCCCCCCCACGCCAAUGUGCUACUAUCCUGCUGAGCACACACACAGUGGUACAUUUAUGCACAGAGAAGCUUUCAGGUGGUCUCUUGUGAUUGGCUGCAAAUGCAAUGCAAACAGUUUAUCAUAAGCACGCAAAUCUCAACUAGAAGUUGACUGCAGCAUGAAAAAGCACACGUCAAGAUUCUAUAAGAAUACACACAAAGAUAAAACGCUUCACCGGGGGUCAGAGGUCAGCGCAGGCUUGUUGACGUUGGCACGAGCGCGAAACGAGACGGCGUCUGUUUCACAUCCGGGCGCUAAAAACAAACCUUAGCAUUCAUCCCCGCCGUCGCCACGGCAACAACUCUUCUUCACGUCCUGUCGGACAGAGCGCGCCACCAAAUGAACGUAUGAGAACAGGAAGCAGGAAUGUCUGGCCAAGAACACAUAGUGCCGCAUGGUAAUUCUUUCUACAGACCCGCUCGCGUCACCUCUGCUCGACCCAAGCAGCACCUGCAGGAUGCAUUACCCCCAUCAGCAGGUUGGACUCGAUCAUCAGAGUCAACAAAGGAUGAGUUGGCUUUAACAAUGGUUGGCAACAAGGACUUGUAAUGUUUCAAAUCCAAACCUGAUGCUGUGUCUUUUUGGGACCGCCCCCCCUCCCCUCCUCCUACUCCACCAAAUUAUUUUAUUCCAACAGCUGUGAAAUGAGUCUAGUAGUCUCAAGGACAGUUUACAAUUUAAUUCAAACAGGAGUGGAUACGAUAAAUUGUAAUGCCAGCACUGGAGAGCCAACAUAAGUUUAAGGAAGUCCAACUGAUCUCCGACUGUCAGAGAGGUGGUACAAACGUCCCGUUUUUUGGUUGUUUGGGAUAUUAUUUUCAACUGGCUCCAGUCAGUCUCAGUUUGGGCAGCUAAUUGCUCCUCAGACAGAAAUGUAAAAACAACAAUCUUUUCCAAGUGAAAGGUCUUCUGAGUGUGUUAUGUCUAAUAAUUAGGAAUGAUAAGGAUGAUGAGAAAGAUGAUAAAUAACAAAGGUGGCGUCCGUGUGGAUCUCCUUUCUCCUCCUCUCUCUCUCUCCUCAUCGCCGUCAUACCCCGCAAGAUUCUUCAAUUAAGGUAAAAGUGAUGUGAAAUGUUGAUUCAUCAUUUAUAUGUACAGUCGUCCCUCAUUUAUUGCUGUUAACUAGUUCCAGACCCGACUGCAGUAAGUGAAUUUCCGCGAAGUAGAAUUCAAUGUCAAUAAAUUGAAUGUUCUCGUAGUUCAAGCAUAGAAAACAUUUUUAUGAUUUUCUAAAUAUGUUUUCUACGACAUUUCAGUGUAGACAUGAAAUAACACCCCUCUCGUCACCUUUACACUCCUGUUUACACCACAUUGCUACUGUGUAGACUACGGGAUUACUGCAGGGAUACAAGAGAUGGCCACGGCUGCAUAGCAUGCUAGAGUGCUAAUUACUGUAGUUAGCCUCCAAAUUAUUUAUUCUAAACUUAAGAACGGGUUUCAAACAGAGUGGGGAAGUAUGACAAAAUAAGAAGCCAAAAACUUCCACUUCCACAAGGAAUGGGAGGAUGUCAGCAUGUUAUCAAGGUUUUGUGUCAUUACUGACGCCCAGUGGCCAGAACACUACAUACAGCAGUGGUCACCAACCUUUUGACCAAGACCGAGACCAAGAUCCCUGGUCUCGGCCGUGAGCCUGCGCAACUCAGCACUAUUGAGCCGCAGCUCGGAGAUUUUUUUUGGAGGUGCACGUCUAUGGAGUUAUAUUUGUGCCUUCAUUUUGAGGUAGCAAAGGCAGGUAUUGAGCCAUUUUAACGUGCAAUAACUACUGACGUGUGCACAGGCACGUCACUGCGCUCUGUCACUCACUCUCUCUGUCACUUAACCGCUACAUGCUUUUGCAGCGGGGCGAUAUGGUGUACGUGCGCUAACAACUCCGGUCGGGUUUUGGGGACCGGGUUCCUGAUGUAAUAAUACAUUUCUUUUCUAAUAUUCUUGCGAUCGACUGGGAAAGUCUUGAAGAUCAACCAGUAGCUCUUGAUCGACGGGUUGGUGACCCCGACAUACAGUAUAACUUGUAUGUCAAUAUUUUUUGACUGUUAAUGGGCCAUAUUCAACCACGAAACAACGAUCAUUUAUUAAUUAAUUUAUUUUGAAAAAACGCAAUAGAGUGAGGCAGCGAUAUCCAAACCGUGAUGUAGCGAGGGAUGACUGUAUUUCACAUUGUUUUCUGCAUGUUAAGCUAUAAUUAUUCUCUGUAAAAUGUAUUUUGUGCUAAUAUUUUGGGUUUCUGUAACAGAUUCAUUGGGUUUACACGAUUUCUUGUGGGGAAAAUGUGUCAGUUUUUGGUACGAUUCAGUUUUAGAUGGACCCUUUGGAACGGUUAAUUCAAACAAACUGAAGUACCACUGUACUUAGAUAGGUAUACUUUAUACUCUGCGUACUUAGGUCCUGAGUGUGCAAAUUUUGACAAUGUAGUUCUGUCCCGAAUCCAUACUGGAAAUGAUUAUCUCCAUAUUUACCCUUCUUCUCCUUCACUCCCUUUUAAUGGUGAAUUGCAACCACUUCAGUCAGUCCCUCCCCUUGCCACUACGUGGCCAAGAUGGUGAGUCUUGACGGUGGUAAGUCUAAUCCAUUACUGUGCACUCAGCAUUUGACAGUGUACUCCAUUUUGUCAUACUUUUGUCAUAAGUUGUCAUACUUCUGCCAUACACUUGCAUACUGUAAGUAUGUAAGUAUACUGUAAGUACGCAAGUGUACACUCAAAAGGUUAAGUUACGCAAGUGUGCCAAUUGAAACAUGGCACUAACGUCAAUGAUGAAUGCCUUGUAAUACCACUGUGUUCCUGAAGAGGCACUACUGAGUCAGUGAUAACGCAACGUGGUGCACUAUUAAUAAUAAUAAUAAUACUGUAAGUAAUAAAUUCAGCAUGUCUGCACGGCUUUACAUUGAUAACCGUUGUUCGAUUCCAGCCCACCGUUAUUUUCACAUGUUGCUUAUUAUCUUCCUGUUUGUUUUGGGCAGGUGAUCUUAUGACCGUAACCAUGGCGACGCCCAAAGAGCUCAUUUCCUGCCUUCCUCCACCGGGCCCACUUGUUUAGGAUUAAUUACCGCUUUGUUGACGAGGACCCCCACAAAGCAACGCAAAGCAGAGCUCCCUCCAGCCCGAUGACUAUUAUGGGAUGUUGGAAGUCGGCGUGGACAACAGCGGCGUCUUGAAUGCGACAACAAACCAACGCUCAAAGCCUGUUGGGACUACUUCCCGCCGUCUGGGUUGGGUUUGAGGAGACAGAACGUCGUGGGAAAGUAACAGAGGCUUCCAGGCAGCAGCUCACCUGCUUCCAGCCCGGUUCUGCUGACCCGGUCACUCACCUGCUGGAUGGACACGUCGAGUGGGACAGGAGAGCCCAGUCGGCCUGUCCGUCAUUGUCAGCGAGCAGAGGAGGCGACCAGUGCGUGGUCAUCCUGCACGCCAAAGUUGCUCAAAAGUCCUACGGCAACGAGAAGAGGUUCUUCUGCCCGCCUCCAUGUGUUUACAUCAGCGGCCACGCUUGGAGGCUCCUGCACGACCGCCUGACAGCAGGGGGCGGCGACCUGUGCGGCUACAUGUGCGUGGACGCCUCCGCUCACACCCACAGCGACACCUUCAAACUUACCUUUGACCUGCUGAGCGACAAGAGGAUGUUCGCUUGCGCCAAGUCGCUGUUCAUCUCGGAUCAGGACAAGCGGAAACACUUCCGUCUUCUGCUGCAGGUCUUCACGCAGACAGGAAGUAGCAGACAGGAGGUGGGCGCCUUCUACAGCCGCCUCAUCAAAGUCAUCUCCAAACCGUCCCAGAAGAGACAGUCCAUGAAGAACGCUGACUUGUGUAUCUCAGCCUGCUCGCGAGUGGCAUUGUUUAACCGUCUUCGCUCACAGACGGUCAGCACGCGAUACCUCGCCGUGGAGGGCGGCGCCUUCAUCGCCAGCGCCAGACAUUGGACGGCCUUCACCAUCACGCUGGUGGAGGAGCCCCAUGCUGACCGAGGCGACUUUGUGCUGAGCGAAGGAUUGGUGUGUUACGGUUGUGUGGUCCAACUUGUGUGCACAGAGUCUGGAGUCACUCUGCCCCCCAUGGUGAUCCGAAAGGUCAACAAGCAGCACGCCAUCUUGGAGGUGGAUGAGCCCGUCUCUCAGCUGCACAAGUGCGCCUUGGAGUUCAGAGACACGCCUCACGCCUACUUGUGUUUGUCCAAUGACGCCAUCGUGGUGCACCAGGCCGCUUCCAGUGUCCGAGACCCCGGCAGGGUGGUCCUGAACGACGGCUCGUGUUGGACCGUCAUUGGAGUGGAGGUGGUGGACUACACCUUCAACCAGGAGGCGGUCUGCGUCCAGACCCCCAUCAGUCCUUUCCCGGUGGUCAGCAGCCUGGACGUGAACGGCGGGGGCCACGUGGCCAUGUUGGAACUCCUCGGAGAAAACUUUGGCCCUCAUCUCAAAGUGUGCUUUGGAAACACAGAGGCCGAGACCAUGUUCAAAUGUCCCAAGUCUCUGCUGUGCGUGGUUCCAGACGUCUCGGUCUUCAGUGGCGGCCGGCAGCAUCGGUGGCGUGUCGUCACCGUGCCCGUGUCCCUGCUCCGCCCGGACGGCGUCCUCUACCGCACGUCCUUCACGUUCACGUACACGCCCGAGCUCCACGCGCCCCCCCACGAGCGCGGGCUCAGGACAGCGGGGAGGACGAGGGACAGCGCGGGCGAGGCGGAGCGGGAGGACGACAUCCUGCUGGAGAGCAUCCACGAGGAGUUCACCAGAGCCAACUUUCAUCUUUUCAUGCAGACAUAGAUCCACAACGUCCUCGUCUCGCAACCACGUCAAUGUCACACUACUCCACAGGAGGCAGUAACAACAAAGCCCGCCUCUCAACUUCCUGUCAUAACAUCAUCAAUGUCGGACUGUCCUGAUGAUAGACACCAAUAAAAGUGAUUAUGUCACCACAUCCUCUGAUGCACCUUGCAUUCACCACAGCAUUCUAAUAAGAUGGAAGCACGCCCCCUCCAUCUUCUAACAUCUACACGCCUCCAUCUUAUGUGGCCAACGGAGCGCCAAGUGUAUCACUUCCUGUCUGCCUGCUGCAGCUCGUUCUCCUGGUUAGCAGGACAAACAUGGAGGAGAAGCAGACUCCUAAUCUCGGUCAUGAGGGAGAAAUGUGAUCUCGCGAUUCAUGAAAGAAUCCAUUCUAAACCCUUCAUGACCAACACACCUUCAUCCUCCACCAGACCCCCGCCCCCCACCUUCCUGAAAAAAAAAUUCCUGCAAGAAGGUGGAAGGUCAUGUCUAAUUUUGAAAUAAAGAACACAUAUGCUCAACACUGCAUGCAUUUGUCCAGCAGGGGUCCGUAGGACUCAUCACU